CCCCCCCCCCCCCCCCCCCCCCCGAUGUCCCCAGACACGUCGGAAAGCGUGCUGGUUCCUGAAAAUCUGUUUAUUCUAAUGUUAUGUAAACUGACUAUCCACAUACAUGGAUGACCUGGCAGCUGUGAUGUGAAGCUGUGAACAAUUGAUUAGGAACACAUGGAUCCUCCAGUACUGAGAAGUAGAAGGCAAUGGCUACAGUGUUCUGUUCACAUACCAGGGUGUUAUUCCCUUCCAGUAAACUGUUCCCUCCCAUGUUCCCCUCUUGCAAUUCUUAAAUUCUAUUCUUUAUAGCAACAUUUUUCUCUUAAAUCCAUCAUGGAACAUAUGAUUCAGGUCAUGGAGUUUCUGUUUGGAGAAUUUGUGGUGUGGUGAAGUGUGUUUGAUCGUGGAAACAUUAAACGAUUUCAUACAUCCCAACCUCCUUCGGAGACUCAUUUCAGGGAGGUGGCUUCCCCCCCCCCCCCCCCGCCCCUUCUGGUAAACACAGUCAAUGCUGUGGAGGAGACUUUCAGCGUCAUUACACAACUGCGCAAAUCUCUGACAUCAGACCAGAGAGACUGAUCGUAGCUUUCCCUUGUGUGUUUAUGAUAACGUAACAUGGUUCCUUGAUCUGAUUGGCGGACCAGCUCCAGUCUGGACAUAUAUUCCCAGAAUGCAACAGGGCUGUGUGGAACGGAUGAGAGUAACCUUCAGCUUCGGUCAGGAAAGGACAUUCUUAGCUUUACCUCAUUAUUAUUUCCUGAUGAUGAUAGAGACUACAUGCCUGUUACAGCAAGCACAUUACAUUCAAAGUAUUCAUUUGUUUUAAAUGUGUAUGACCAGUGUGGAGGAUUUUACCACAGGCAGACAUUUACUUAUAAUUCCUAUAAGUAAUUUGCCUCUACCUCAGCUGUGUAACAGAUCUUACCCUGAACCUGUCCACAACUGUCAACAUCGUUAAAAUACUUAUUGUUUGAUUGUUUUGUCCAGUGCAUUUCAGUUGUUUACCAGGAAAAGACAACAUUAAGAAACUUAAGUGAUAGUUAGACGUAAGGAGGUAUUUGAGAGUGACAUUGGUGAUAUUAACCUGCCUGCCGCGUUAAUGACAUUGCAAUGACAUUGACCUUUUACAGUGACUCAGUUUAUCAGUCAGUGUAGAAACGUGCUGGUGAAGAUUAGAUAUCAAUUCUACAAGUACUAGUCUUGUGUGUGUGUCUGUGAGUGUGAGUGUGUGUGCGUGUCUUGGGCAGGGGUGACAUUGGCCACUGCAUGCAUCAGUAUAAAGUUGGGACGGUACAACAAGUGUGUUAUAGAGUGGGGUGGUAUAUAAGGCUAGCCAUGCAGAGCAGUCCUGGUCGAGGGAGUUGGAGACAGAGGAGCUCAAAAAAAACUUUGGUGUGGAUCUAAGAGGCCGCCAAGAUUUCGGGGGUUUGGACUUCUAUUGAUCUGGACGGAGACUCCUUCGGACGGCCAGCAACCAUGAGUAAAGGGAAAGACUACGAUAUGUUUGUGGAGAUGGACAAGAUGGGGGACAAGAUGGACGUCCAAAUCAAGAAAAAUAAAAAAACGAAGAAGAAGGAGAGACUGGAGGGCAUGAAGAAAGAGAUGGACACAGAUGACCAUCAGAUACCUCUUGAAGAGUUGGAAAUUAGGUACACCACAAGUAUUACAAAGGGCCUGAGCACCACCAUUGCAAAACAGGUUCAGGAGAGGGAUGGCCCUAAUGCAUUGAAGCCCCCCAAAGGUACACCAGAGUAUGUGAAAUUUGCUCGACAGCUGGCCGGGGGGCUGCAGUGUCUGAUGUGGGUGGCAGCGGCCAUCUGCUUCAUCGCUUUCGGCAUUGAGCUCAGUCGAGGAAACCUCACCAGCUUUGACGACCUGUACCUAGCGAUUACUUUAAUAGCUGUUGUGGUGGUGACAGGAUGCUUUGGUUACUACCAGGAGUUCAAGAGUACUAACAUUAUUGCCAGCUUCAAGAACCUGGUGCCACAGCAAGCCCUAGUGAUCCGCGACGGGCAAAAGAACGAGAUCAAUGCCGUUGAUCUGGUGGUGGGAGACUUGGUGGAGAUUAAGGGUGGUGACCGUGUGCCAGCUGACAUACGCAUUAUCACCUCACAUGGCUGUAAGGUGGACAACUCAUCCCUGACAGGAGAGUCAGAGCCCCAGUCAAAAACACCAGAGUGUACCCACGAGAACCCCUUGGAGACCAAGAACAUUGCAUUCUUCUCCACCACCUGCCUGGAAGGCGUGGCCACUGGCAUCAUCAUCAAUACAGGAGACCGCACCAUUAUUGGGCGCAUUGCCACCUUGGCAUCAGGUGUCGGCAAUGAGAAGACUCCUAUCGCCAUAGAGAUUGAGCACUUUGUUGAUAUCAUUGCUGGGCUGGCCAUUUUCUUUGGUUUCACUUUCUUUGUGGUGGCCAUGUUUAUUGGCUACCGCUUCCUGGAAGCCAUGAUCUUCUUCAUGGCAAUUGUGGUGGCGUAUGUCCCCGAGGGUCUGCUGGCUACUGUUACUGUCUGUCUGUCUUUGACUGCCAAGCGUCUGGCCAGGAAAAAUUGUGUUGUGAAAAACCUGGAAGCGGUGGAGACCCUGGGUUCUACCUCAGUCAUCUGCUCAGACAAAACUGGAACCCUCACGCAGAACCGAAUGACUGUAGCCCACCUUUGGUUCGACAACACGAUACACGCUGCCGACACCACAGAAGACCAGUCAGGACAGAGUUUUGACCAAUCGUCAGAGACCUGGCGUGCUUUGGGAAGGGUGGCAGCGUUGUGUAACAGAGCCAUCUUCAAACCCAAUCAAGAGAAUCUGCCUAUUCCAAGGAGAAUAGUGGUGGGUGAUGCAUCUGAAACGGCCCUGUUGAAGUUUACUGAGCUGACCAUAGGUAACAUCAUAGAAUACAGAGAGCGCUUCAAGAAGACAGUGGAGAUUCCUUUCAAUUCCACAAACAAGUUCCAGCUGUCAGUACAUGAGCUGGAAGACCCCCUCGACUUGCGCUACCUGCUGGUGAUGAAGGGAGCCCCAGAGAGGAUCCUGGAGCGUUGCUCAACCAUCCUAAUCAAAGGCCAGGAGUUGCCUUUGGACGAGCAAUGGAAAGAGGCCUUCCAAACUGCAUACAUGGACCUGGGGAGCCUAGGGGAGAGAGUGCUGGGUUUCUGUCACAUCUACCUGAAUGAGAAGGAGUUUCCCAGAGGUUUCCACUUUGAUUCAGAUGAGAUGAAUUUCACCACCUCAGACCUUUGCUUUGCUGGUCUCAUCUCCAUGAUCGACCCGCCCCGCGCCACAGUGCCAGAUGCCGUCAUGAAGUGUCGCACAGCUGGGAUCCGGGUUGUCAUGGUGACUGGAGACCACCCAAUCACUGCAAAGGCCAUAGCGGCAAACGUGGGGAUCAUCUCAGAGGGAAGUGAGACAGUGGAGGACAUUGCUGCCAGGAAACGUAUCCCUGUGGAGCAGGUCAACAAGAGGGAUGCGCGAGCAUGUGUGAUCAGUGGGGGCCAACUGAAAGAAAUGAGCAGUGAGGAUCUGGAUGACACUCUGAGGAAUCAUCCGGAGAUGGUGUUUGCACGAACAUCCCCCCAGCAGAAACUCAUUAUUGUAGAAAGCUGCCAACGCCUGGGCUCCAUUGUGGCAGUGACUGGGGACGGUGUCAAUGACUCUCCAGCUUUAAAAAAGGCGGACAUUGGUAUCGCUAUGGGAAUAGCCGGUUCUGAUGCUGCCAAGAAUGCAGCAGACAUGAUCCUAUUGGAUGAUAACUUUGCCUCCAUUGUCACUGGGGUGGAGCAGGGUCGUCUGAUCUUUGAUAACCUGAAGAAAUCCAUCGCCUACACCCUGACCAAGAACAUCCCUGAGCUCACACCCUACCUCAUCUACAUCACCGUCAGUGUGCCUCUUCCUCUCGGCUGCAUCACCAUCCUUUUCAUCGAACUGGCCACUGACAUUUACCCCUCUGUUUCACUCGCUUAUGAGAAGGCAGAGAGUGACAUCAUGAAUCUGAAGCCCAGGAACCCACGCAGGGAUAGGCUGGUCAACGAAGCGCUGGCUGCCUAUUCUUACUUCCAGAUAGGAGCAAUCCAGUCCUUUGCGGGCUUUACAGAUUACUUUGCUGCCAUGGCGCAGGAAGGCUGGUACCCCUUGCUGUGCGUUGGCCUCCGGUCCCAGUGGGAGAACACACACCUGCAGGAUGUACAGGACAGCUAUGGCCAGGAGUGGACCUUUAGCCAGCGGCUCUACCAGCAAUACACUUGUUACACAGUCUUUUUCGUCAGUAUAGAGAUCUGCCAGAUCUCAGAUGUCCUUAUUAGGAAGACCCGUCGCCUGUCGGUCUUUCAGCAGGGCUUGUUCAGGAACAAGGUUCUAGUGAGUGCUAUCGUAUUCCAGCUGCUUUUGGGUAACCUGCUGUGUUACUGCCCGGGGAUGCCAAACAUUUUUAACUUCAUGCCCAUCAGGGUUCAAUGGUGGUUUGUUCCAGUGCCAUAUGGAAUUCUAAUCUUUGUUUAUGACGAGAUCAGAAAACUGGGAGUGAGACGAUAUCCAGGAAGUUGGUGGGACCAGGAGCUUUACUACUGAGAGACAGACCCAGGUGGCAAGUCUUUUUAUUAGGUCCUACGGCAUUAGGUCACUACACUCAAACAAUCAAGUCAUGUGUGAAUAAGAGUAGUGUUAAUGUUCAUAGUGGUCCAGUAUUCAAGUGUUUCUUCUACAUUAUAUUCCAUAAGGUACCAGCACCAUAUUCAUGAUUAUGAUUUGUGUCCAAGACAGAAAUCGUUCAGCCAAAAACCUUGUACGUGAAAUAUCAUGUAUUUGUACAAAUAAAGUGAGUGAUAUAUCCAUCAGACUUUUA